GUUUAAAAUCACUCAAACUUGACCGAUCUUUCAAACAGAUUUCUUCUCUCAUUCUCUCCAUCAUCAUAUUUAUCAUACAGUAACCAACCAUGUCUGCCUAAUGCAUACGUGCAUCGCCUGGAAAAAGGCUGCUUUUUACUUACUAAAGCAUACUUGCUCCACACUUGACUAAAUUCCCUAUCAAAUUACACAACUUGACGUAACAGAGGCUGAACCAUAAUAUUAUAGUUCCUUGGUUGGUUUUGCUUCUUCUGAUCUUCAUGCUGGGCUUUAUUCAAUAUUUUCAUCAUCGUAUCCCAUCCCUCACACAGGAAGACUUCCUGUCGAACAUUAGUACAUGAAAGCACUGCACAUGAAAGAAGUGCAGCUCGUUGUGUAAGUACAUGAAACAGGCCCGGAAACCUUAUUCUAGACUGACUUGUAGGUAGCUUUACCCCUGAAAUUAAGAGUAUUGAUUGGACUCUGCUGGUAAAUUGUGAAUUAGUUAUUAAUUAAAUCAUCAUCAUGAAGCUACUAAUAAUUUUCACAGUUUUAAUGGCUUCACUAUUGACAACAGACGCCAGAAAAAGUGGGAAGCAGAGGGGAGGUAAGAACUCGGAGGGGAAUUCUACAACAAUGGAAUGUCUUGGACAGCAUCUUCCCGAAGCCAAAUUAACUUUUGGGAUGACAGAAUGCACCGAAGAGAUUGCGAUUAAUCCAAGAGACCAAGUUGAUAAGCCCCGAGGGAAGAAGAAAGCUAUGAAGAAAAAUCACAUGUGCAUUAAACUUUGUCAGAGGAAGAAGCAAGGAAUUUUAGAUUCGAACGGGAAGCUGUCCGAGUCUGGAUCAAACCGCUUCAUAGAGGAUUUAUUCCCUCAAAAGGCACGACCCAGGAUUCAGCGAGGGUUUAACAGAUGUGCAGAGGAUCACGGUGAUGGAUUCUCGGUUGCCAAUAAUUGCAAAGAAUACAAACGAUUCGAGAAAUGCAUGACCCGGAUCAUAUCCAAGGCAUGUGGGCUGAAAAACGACGGCAGAGUAAAUGGCGGAGGACGCGGUGGCAAGAAUGCGGCGAGACGAAACGGAAAUAAAGGGAAGAACAAGGGGAACAAUCGGAGGCAACAAUCCGAAGACCACGUCGAGGACGAUGAGGACAGUGAAGUUGAAGAGUAAUAAAAAAAA